GUUUAUUCUCAAAUUUAAGUGGAACCUCCUGUGUUCCAGUUUGCACCCACUGCCCCUUGUCCUACCAUUGGUUGUCACCAGAAGAGCCUGGCUCCAUCCUCCUGACACGCACCCUUUAUAUAUUUAUAAACAUUACUGAGGCCAUCCCCUCACUCUCCUCCAAACUAAAGAGACCCAGCUCCCUCAGCCUUUUUUUGGAAGAAAACCGCCGUUUUCCGGCCGGCCGGGCCCGUGGCAAACCGGCUGGGGCGGUUUCGCUGCCCCCCCGGAACGGGGUCGCUGGGGCCCGUGUUCCCCGCGGGGUUCCGGCAGUGGACGGAACGCUUCUGGCGGGGCCAGCCGUGCGGCCGGAAGCGGCGGGCCCGCGCGCGGAGCACAUCCGGCGCCCGCCCGCCCGCCCGCGCGCCUCGGCUGGCGUCUCCAUGGCCGCCUCUGUGGAUUUCAAAACCUACGUGGAUCAAGCUUGUAGAGCUGCAGAUGAAUUUGUCAACAUUUAUUAUGAGACAAUGGAUAAAAGAAGAAGGGCUUUAGCAAGACUUUAUUUGGACAAAGCGACGUUAGUUUGGAACGGUAAUGCAGUGUCCGGGCAAGAAGAACUGAGUAAAUUUUUUGAAAUGUUGCCAUCUAGUGAAUUCCAGGUUAAUGUGUUGGACUGCCAACCCGUUCAUGAGCAAGCUACUCAAGGCCAGACCACGGUCCUCGUAGUGACAAGUGGGACAGUAAAAUUUGAUGGCGACAAGCAGCGCUACUUCAAUCAGAACUUCUUGCUGACAGCACAAGCCACACCGACCAACACAGUGUGGAAGAUCGCCAGUGACUGUUUCCGCUUUCAGGACUGGUCCAGUUAGCGCGACCUGGCCACGGGAGGUGGCCUCUCUCGCGCGAUGAGUUGGCGGCUGUGUGGACGGCCCUUCUCCCCGCACGGGAAGUGCUCGCUCCUUGUGUUACGUCUGUUGUUACAGAAGGCCUCCAGAUGUUCCAGGGUUGAUCCCAAUGACCGUGGGUUUAGUAGUAACAAUCUUAAAAUGUGAGAGGUUGCUUAUGUUAGUUGAACGUAAUAAAAUGCUGAAGGCAGUGGGCUGUGUUGGAAUAAUUCCUAAAAUGCCUUACAUGCAGCUAUGCUGCCUCUUCCAGACUUCUUGUAUGUAAUGCUGAAACUCUGUUUGAACACCAUAUCCUCUUAAAGUACAAUUCUGACCAAACGUGUAAUUACUUCAAGUUGAAAAGAUCUGUUUUUACAGUAGCAUCUUCCCUUUUUUGAAGGUGCUUGUGGCAUGUAGAUAGAACUAUCAAAGCUACCUGCUCUUGGCUGCCAGAGCCUGGGAAGGACUGAUAAAGAUUUCCAUUGUUUGUGAAAGUAGCAAAUACAGCUCCCGAGUGCGUAAUCUCCCAUAUGAUCUAUUGGAAAGCUAAUGUCACCUUCUUGUGUACAAAAGGACUGAAUAAUCUCAUCAGGUUUUCUUUUGGCUUGAGCUUCUCAGACUUUGGUUGUAGUUAAUUUAUGUUGAUUUAUACGUAGGGCAUGCUGAAUUAUUUGGCGUUCCUGUGCCAACAACUCUUGUCACAUACAUGUGAACCACUUCAAACUGAUUUCUUUUGAAGUCUUGCAGUGUGAGAAAUAGGACCGUACAUGAUUUCUGUUUGCUUUAACUGUUAAUUCUGUUGCUCUGAAGUAUGGACUAUUUUUCCUGUAUGGAGUUUGCACGUUUUGGAUCCCUGCUGUCUUUACAUUGUAGUAAAAAGAAGUGGCACUGGAAGUAGGUCUUAUUGUGAAGCCUUCAAUUUUUCUCUUCAGUACUGUAUUCACAACAGGUGCUUUGAUUAUUUUCAACUUAGAAGACCAGCUCUGAACACAAAUACUAUCUUCCUCUCAUGCAGAUAUUUACUGUAGUUUUCUUGUCAUUUAAAAUGUUACCUUUAAUAAUCAAUUCCAGGUUUUUUUGCGUGUCUUGCUUUAAAUUUGCAGUUUAAAGCUGUCAGCUGCUUUAAAAUGGUUUUCAAGACUACAGGUUAAGACUGUCCAUCUUAACUUGGGAAUUUAAGAAUAAAUCUGAGUAUCAGAUUUGUUUCAAACUGGUACGUUUCUAUUUUAUACUGAGUUAAAAAUCAAAAUUUAGCUAAAUAUGGGAGAGUACACUUGCUUGAAACUGAAAACACAUGAGAGGAACUUGUAACUCUGAUCCCAAUACAGGUUGCAAUGGCAGCAGCAACGCGAAUACAAAAGCAGUUACGACUGCAGCUCCCUUGUUUUUAUGACUUAAAUCGGGAAAACUGUGAAAAUGAGCCAUACCCAACUUGUGUAAAAUAUCUAUAGUUUGUGAUACAGUCCCAAAUAGUGGGAUGUUUGGGUGAAAUGGGUGGGUUGAUUUCUUUUUAAGGCACUCUGGUCUUUAUAUCAGUAAGUUAGAAUUAGCAAUAUGGCUCUAUUGAGAAGCUCUUUAUGGUUGGAGCUCUUGUGUAACUAUUUUUCAGCCUGAAGAGUAUGAAUUCCUGCAAAACAAUGCAAGAAGUCCAGAUUUUUCUAAAAGUGUAAAUACAUUUUUAUUUCUGUAUGUAGUGAAGAAAGGAUCCCCCCCCACCAUUUAAUUACUGUUUAUUCUUAACAGAAUAUGUGAGGUUUAUAUGUUUGUAUUUCUUGUACAGGUUUGAAAGGAAACCCCCCCUGUGCUUUAUUGGUUUUUUAAUUUGCUAAUUAUGUAAGUAGUGUUACAGAUCUGCUUUGCAUAUGCAGAAUGGGUUUUGACGUUUGAAACGUAGUGAUGGGUACAACUACAGCAUUUGUUUGCUGAGCUCGGCAGACACUCACAAGAACACACACUUCUGUCUGUACCUGAGAAACUUCUCCUGGGAAUAAAUACUUCUUGGGUAUUUUUAUUUAAGUUUUAAUUUGUAUAGUAGUUUUUAAGCUUUUUAUAGGCAGGCUGGGAGAUUUAGAAUAUAUGAGGCAGUGUUUUAAUCAAAUGUUAUUCUUCUCAAUUAUUUUCAUGCUGUUUGAAUGCAGGCUGCUUUUAAAUCUGACUUCUGCAAUUAAUAUUAAAAACAAAAAGCCACCAGUAACUGAAAAUGCUGUUUCACAAAACACUUUUAUGGAGCAUACUAAGUCAUAGUUUAGCUAUUGGGUUAAAUCAGUGAUUUUACAAGCACACAAGCAAAACCAUCUCUUCCAUCGUAGCUGGAGAAGUGAGGCACGCCGCGGCUCUGUGCUGCUUGCGGAGAUUGCUGUGCUGGAAUUGGCAGAAGAGAAUGUACAAAUGCUUUUUGCUCUGUUCAGUACAAACCAUCCAGCUGGUUUAGUGUUCCCGGUUGCUGACUCUGCUGUAAUGUCUGAAUUUUACAAGGGGUAUCUCUGAAGUGACCAUGGGUCUGCUCUAAUCUGUAAACAGGAGUUUAUAUUACCAGUUUUUGCUGUUUGAUACCGAGUCACUCGUGUACAGUGAAACAAAGCCAGCUGACGAGCUCGGCACCUCCACAUACUCAAUUGUGGCUACUGAAGACUUGGUAGGUCUUCUGCUUUGUGUAUUUUCCCUGGAUUGUCUUUAUCAGUCACUGUUUUUAUGUCACUUUGUUCUUUUGGUGUACUACAGUCAAAUCGGCUUAAAAUGCUUAUGUUGUUUCUUGGAAUGGAGAAGGUGGUUUGUUCUGCCAGUGUGAAUGACUUGUUCUGUUAGUUUUGACAUGCAUACGCUUCCUUAUCCUGACUGGAGAAAAGCACAUUAUAAAGAAAUGCUGUUUUAUUAGUAAAGUAACUUUCCACACUUGAAUCUAUUUUCUAAGGUUUUGAAAUUGUUUCAGAUCUCUUGUAAGAUUAAAAAAAAAAAAAACAAAACACCUGAUGUUCUACUUUUUAUUAUUAUUGUUAGAUGUUUUCAUAUUUUUUUCUUAUAUUAAAAAUGCAAGAAGUAA